AUGAGAUAUUUUCGGUACUACCAUCCCCUAGCGAUCGUGGCUCUAGUCGCAAUCGCAACAUCGCCAGCAUGGACAAACACAGCCGACGCUCGUCCUCUCGAUCUGGAAAUCGUUCUCGACAAACGACAAGCGGCCCAUGAGCCUCUCGCCGCGCCCGCCGCUGCUCCACCACACACACCAGCUCCCCCUCUGACCGACGAGCCUUCGCCCACGAAGGACCCAAAGCCCCCUUCGCCACCCCCAGCGACUACGCACGAGCCCUCUUCUCCUGCGACAACUGAUCGCCCUGAGCCGCCAACCACAACCAAGAACCCACAGCCUACCCAGCAGCCACCAUCACCACCACCACCAAAGCCAGUCAACCCCAACCCAGCAACCUCUCAAAAGCCCCCAAGCCCUCACCCUAGCAGUGACUCUCCCUCAAGCUCGCAUUCCGGCACGUCUAGUAGCAGCAACAACAGUGGUACAAGCUUAGGAACGGCCUCGGCCAACAACACGCCACAGCCUACAGGUUCCUCUAACGGAUUGGAUGAUGGAUCAGAGGUGCCUACCAAGGUCUCGGAUAAGGUCUUUGUCGGCCUCGGUGCCGUCGGUGGCCUGUUCUUGUUUUCGCUCGGUGGUGUGGCGUUCUGUCGUCACCGCAAGAAGAAGAACCUCGCCGCAGCAUUGUUGAGGCAAACGGAACAAUUCAACCAUAACAACCCCUACGCCAAGAUCUCCGAGGCGACGGCGGCCAGUAACAGCAACAACAUCAACAUGUCUGGAAAGGAGAGUCUGCCGAUGACGCCGACGAAACCCAUUGGGACGUUCAGUGUGGUAUCGGAUUACACGCCCGCGAUGCCGGACGAGAUUGAGAUCUACUAUGGCGAUUCGGUCACGGUCCUGCAGGAGUAUGAUGACGGCUGGUGCAUGGGAAUCAAUAACUCGCGUGGAGGCAUCAAGGGUGUCGUGCCGCGACACUGUCUUUCGGGCGGGAAUAAUAAUAACAGCAGCAACUGUGGCUAUGAUGAUGGUGGGCAUGAUGGUGGGCAGUAUGGCGGUGGCGGUGAUGAUGGAUAUUACCCACCCAACCCUGGAUUCAAGGCGAUGGCCAACAAGCGCAUGAGUUCGAUGCCUGUCGGCGGCUGGAACAAUGGACCACCUGGAGGAUAUCAGAACGGCGGUGGUGGUCAUGGAGGAUAUGGAGAUUACCCACCCAAUCCUUACAACAACCAGGGUCCCCAUCUUGGAACACCCAACCAAGGCUACUAUGGCGGAUACUAG